AUGACCCCCAUACCAAAUCAGCUCCUGGACUGGGGUCAGUGGACCCUGCUUGCCUACCAUCCACUUCCCCUUGGCUCCCAGGACUCGGUGCCAGUAGGAUGCCUGUGGUUCAGUCCAGUGCCUAACCUCUCCUACCUGCUAGAUGGGAAGAAGAAAGACCUCCAAGUACAGAAGAGGGUUUUGGAGAGGGCGGAGAGACUCAGGGUCAUUCCCUUGGGGUCUCUUUUGGAAUGGGAGAGCAGCACCAAAUCCAAGACUGCAACCAGCAGAAGGCUAAUGAAGGAGCUUGAAGAAAUCCACAAAUGUGGAAUGAGAAACUUCGUAACAUCCAGGUUUGAGGAAGCUAAUUUCUUGACUUGGCAAGGGCUAAUUUUUCCUGACAACCCUCCAUAUGAUAAAGUGGCCGUCAGAAUGGAAAUCAGAUUUCCAGCAGAGUACCUAUUUAAACCACUGAAGACCACAGUUAAAACAAAGAUCUGUCACCCAAACAAUGACAAAAAGGAGCAAGUCUGUUUGCUAGUAAUUAGUGCUGGCAACUGGAAGCCAGCAACCAAAACUGACCAAGUAAUCCAGGCUGUCAUAGCACUCGUGAACAGCCCCCAGCCCGAGCACCCAUUUCGGGUUGACCUAGCUGAAGAGUACUCUAAGGACUGUAAAAAAUUCUUUAAGAAUGCUGAAGAGUUUACAAAGAAAUAUGAGGAAAAGCGACCCAUGGACUAA